AAUGUUCUUCCAUGCUUGCUGGAAAGAAGACUGAUUUUAACUAUGUGAGUGGUUUGCCCUCUAGCAACAGCACAAGUCUGUUCAAUUUUUACAUACCAGUUGCAGAGUACCUGGAUGAAAGCCCGAUACAAUUUGGGCAAAUCAGCACUGUCCAGAGCUGCGGCGCAGUCUCAUAUCAAGACUCCAUCUUACCAUCCCUCUCCUUGCCCACAAGCCUUCCUCUGGCCUCCUCUCAGUCUGUCCCUUUGCCUUUCCCCAUGUCUCACGGCACCACCACCCUGGCCUUCAUGUUUCAGGGCGGCGUGUUGGCUGCAGCAGACACUCGUUCCAGUUGCUCUGGGCUCGUGGCGUGCCCAGCCGCCCAGAAGAUCCUGCCUGUUCACAGUCACUUGGUGGGCACUACUUCAGGUACUUCAGCCGACUGUGCCCUUUGGAAACGGAUUCUGGCUCGAGAACUGCGGCUCUACCAACUCCGCCAUGGCCGACGGUUGUCCACGAGCGGAGCUGCCAAAUUGCUUUCCCACAUGCUUCACCCGUUUAAGGGAACCGAGCUGUGUGUGGCUGCCACAUUGUGUGGGUGGGACGGAGGAGAGGUAAAUGAAUGCCAUGACCAUGGAGGUGCAAAGAUUGAUUUCAGCGGUCGUAGAGAAACAACAAAGAGUCAAAUGACUGAUCCUGGGAAGUCUGUAGAUACCAGUCUUGAAAAGGCCUCUCUGGCUCAGAGCGCUUUUUCAACAACUGUUGGUCAACAGUGCUUUACUAGAAAGCAAGUGAGUUUCUCUGGACCCAGUCUGUACUAUGUGUGCAGUGAUGGUACUCGCCUGCAGGGAACGCUCUUCUCCGUGGGCUCGGGAUCACCCUAUGCCUACUCCAUUUUGGACCAAGGGGUUCAAUGGGGGCUGACAGUGGACGAGGCCACAUCAAUAGCCAGAGAGGCUGUUUACAGAGCCACACACAGGGAUGCAUACUCAGGAAACUGUGUAGACAUCUAUCACAUCUCCUCAAAAGGGUGGACACGCAGGAGCAGAGAGGACUUGAAAGAGGAAUAUUACAGAGAAAAAGAAAGACAAGAGAGAGACGGGAUGUGACUUUGGCUGAGUAAAGACAUGAAACAUCAAAAAUGGCAAGAGAAAAGAAAAGGCAAACAUCGGGGAGUAUAUUAGA